ACCAUCAUCCACCCCCUCCUCCUCCUCCUCCUCUUCUUUUUCUCCUCUCUCCACUUCUAUCUCGGCGCUGCGAAGAAGGAAACCGAGGGAACCGAGGAUUGAUGUGUUGCUCGACUUGAAAUUUGCCUCUUCCUUUUUUGCGCACACUGCCCACCCCCCACCACCUCCUCACGCCCGACAGCCUUGCCAUAAAAUAAUUGCUGCUUUCCCCCCCCCCCCCCUUUUUUUUUUUGAUGAUUUCCGAUCUUUUUUCAUGUGAUGACAGUAAACGGCUGUGUGCGUGUGUGUGUGUCUGUGUGCCCUCGAUGUUCUCCGGCUGACCGUGAUAUAACCAUCUAAGGACCGUUUGGAUGCGGGAGGCAGAGGCUCUGACGCUCCGGGAAGCUUCGUCCAUGCCUCCUUGUCCUCCUCCUGCCUGCGACCGGCUGUGUGACCGGUGAUGCUCGGCCUCUCCGCCUGGAUGCGCCCCUCUCUCCGCGGUGUGCCGUCGGUACCGCUGCCCGUGUCCCCCUGUAGCAGAAUUCCACUGUUGCCGGAGAAAGGUCUAGGGACCACAUAUGGAAACUGGGGACCAGAAUUUUAGGAAAAAGGAAAACUAAGCAGGCUGUCGUUUGAUUUGCACAACUUGAUGUUGUUCCUCUUCUUCUUUGCUUGAUUUUUAUUCCUAUUAUUUGGAGAAAGAGGGGGGCAGGAGGAGGGGGGUUGAUCGUCCCUGGUUGGUUUAUUUGUUUAUUUAUUUUUAAAUUCUCCAUCCUGUCUUCUAAGGAAUGGCUGGUUUUUAUGGCAGUCAUGGCACUGGCUGAUAUUUGGCAGUAUUUAUCAUUCUGUCCUUGAUUUGGAGGUGUGUGUGUGUGUGUGUCUGUGUGUGUGUGGUUGGGGUGGGUGAAGUGCUUGGUUCUGCUGGUUUGAGUCUGUCCUCUCAUUCCUUUUGGUACAUUUAGUCCUAAUUUCCCUAACAUAUCCCAGGCCCUGCCUGCCUGUCUGUCUUGCCUGUCUCCCAUCAGAAUACAUGUGCUCAGCCUGAUUCGUCAGAAGUGCUUGACAUGAUUCACUGAUCCACCUGGGUUCACACCGAGCUAGCCAUCACUGAAUUGUGUUAUCGUUAAUUAGAGAUCUGUGCUUUGCCUUCUUCGGGGAGUGUUUUAAAGAAAUCAGGCCGCCAACUGUGUUAGUCUUAACAACACUCCACCCACCCCCCUAUGUUUCUUCAUUCCUCUUCAGUAUGAAUUAAUUCACCCUGCGUGCAUGCGGGUGCUCGUCCAUGCACAGGUGCGUGAAAGUUUAAGUUUGCGAGCGAGCGAGUGUGUUGUGUGUGUGUGUGUGUGCGAGAGAGCAGGAGAAUGACAGUGUAGGCUGUGUGUGACAGACUCUGUGAGUGGAAAAAAUAUAUAUAAAUAUAUAUAUUUUUCACAAAAAAUCAAGCGCUCCCAUGCACAUCACAUCACCGUUGAAGCUGUGAGGAUUGUAAUACGUGUAACUGUUUGAGUCGGUUCAGAAAGCCCAAAUCAGGUCUAAAAACAGCCCCGGAGAAGCUGAGCAGAAUCCUCCAUCUUCUCCUGAUCUGGGCCUUUUUCAGAGUUUGACGUUUAGAGGCCUUCCAACUCAACAAAGUAGGCCUAGAUCCCAGACCAGGUCUCUUGUGGGAUCUGCUUGAAGCCUGUGUUUUUAGGUCGACUUUUUUUUUUCUAGAGCAGGGCAACUUACUGCCGUUUGAGGACUCGAACAGCUUCAGAGCUGAGGGUUCUGCUGUCAUUGCCAAAGUCUGUUUGACCCCCCCUCACCCCCCUUGCUCUGUUGGGUCAAACAGCGACAAAUCCACCUCAGAGCUUCACCCUUCCCUUCAUUUUUUCACCCUUUUGAAGAACCCCCCCAAAAACCAACCAUACGAUUUCCCCCGAGCUCCCCGAACUCCCCGCCCCCCCAGCCGCCCCCCGCCACCGUCGCCCGCCCGACGCCGCCCACCCCCCGUUUUCCGAGCUGGCGUGGCGACGCAAACUCACAAAUAUUUACUUCCUGUACAUCAAGAGGAAAGGGGGCCCCCCUUUCGUGGAAUGCGGCAACAUGGGCGUGUUUGACCGCGGGGUUCAGAUGCUGCUGACCACGGUGGGGGCCUUCGCUGCCUUCAGCCUCAUGACCAUCGCCGUGGGGACAGACUACUGGCUGUACUCGCGCGGCGUCUGCAAGAUCAAGAGCAACAACGAAAACGAGACCAGCAAGAAGAACGAGGAGGUGAUGACGCACUCGGGCCUCUGGAGGACCUGCUGCUUGGAAGGUUCUUUCAAAGGCAUGUGCAAGCAGAUAGAUCACUUUCCUGAGGAUGCUGACUAUGAGGCGGAUGCCUCAGAGUACUUCUUACGUGCUGUACGAGCCUCCAGUAUCUUCCCCAUCCUGAGUGUGAUCCUGCUCUUCAUGGGGGGGCUGUGCAUCGCCGCAAGCGAGUUCUACAAGUCACGGCAUAACAUCAUCCUCAGCGCCGGCAUCCUCUUCGUCUCUGCAGGCCUGAGCAACAUUAUAGGAAUCAUUGUGUACAUAUCAGCCAAUGCUGGGGAUCCUUCCAAGAGUGACUCCAAGAAGAACAGCUACUCCUACGGCUGGUCCUUCUACUUUGGCGCCCUCUCCUUCAUCAUGGCUGAAAUGGUGGGUGUGCUGGCUGUGCACAUGUUCAUCGACCGACAUCGGGAGCUGCGUGUGGGGGCACGAGCCGCCGACUACCUCCAAGGGGCAGCCAUCACACGCAUCCCAAGCUACCGCUACCGUUAUCGACGCCGCUCGCGCUCUUCGUCUCGUUCUACAGAUCCCUCGCACUCUCGCGAGGCAUCGCCAGUGGGCCUGAAGGCCUUUGGGACGCUGCCCUCCACUGAGCUGUCCAUGUACACGCUCCCCAAAGGCCAAACAGGCACUCCGACAGCCACCUAUAACUCCACGGAGAGGGACCACAACUUCCUGCAGGUCCACAACUGCAUCCAGAAGGACCUGAAAGACUCAGGUGGCCAUAGCAACACCGCCAAUCGGCGCACCACACCUGUAUGAAAAUGACACAGACAUUAAGAGAAAUCAGAGGAACUCUGGGGGGAAAGACAGAUUGUGGCUUAAGGAAACAGAAAGAGAAAGAGGGCUCCAAAAGACUGAGGAGCGAGGGGUAGGCAACAGAGGAGAAGUUCUGAGAGCUCCACAGCGCCUCAGAUAAUCACAGUUUCUGUUUAAUAGAAAGGAAAUGGAGUAAAAUUGCAUAAAAAAAAGAAACAUGCAUGAUUUUCCCAUGAACCAUUGUUUAACAAGUUUUGAACAUGUUUGUAAAGAGUUGAGGGGAAGGUCGGGGAAAGAUGAGUGGGGAUGGGGGGCAUUCAUGAUGCUGGGUUGGGGUGGUUGGUGGUUGUCUCGGGGCUGUGGAACUGUGGAGUGGUGGGCUGGGCCAAACUGCCCAUUUAUAGGCGAACUUUAUAUUUUUUACUCUUCCUCAGUCUGAUUGAAAGGCCCCACAGCCCUGCCUAUGAACCAACCCUCGCACUACCAUACCACAAGCCCCUCCCCCCCAACACACGCACCCUAAAUUCCCUUAUAAACCCUACUCCUUUCUUUAGUUACUGUAUCUUCUUGAUUUCAUUCUUUAUUCGCAUUAAUACUGUGAACCAUUGCGGUACGGGAUUUUAGCAGGGAGCAUUUCAGGCCGCAAAAAAAAGAAAAAAACCAAGAAAAAACACAUAAGUUAAUAUAUGUAUUGAUUAUAUAUAAAUAUAUGAACAUAUAUGUUAAUAAAUCAUGACUCGACUUCCCUGAAGCAAAAAAUAUCAAGAAAAAAGAAAAAAAAGAAAGAAACAACGUAACCUACAAUGAAACUAAACCGAGUCGUCAUGGAAACUAAACCAAGGCGGAGGAUUCAUUGUGACUGGCUCAUUUGACGGGCAAAGGCUUCAGCCUACUUGAUAAACUUGUAUUGGUUAGCGUUAGAUACAUUAUCACAUUCUUUUACAACAACAACAAAAUCGUUUGGCCUUCCGCCAAAACCCUGGCAGCCUUCUUUGUUCAGGGUCAGCUAGAUGUGAGUUGGCCACUCUUGCUUUUUCCCCAUACAGGGGUGGAGUGAAGAGAGAACUCUGGGUAAUGGAUGGUCUCUCUGCAAACUUGCAGAUGACUAUGGACAAUGAAUCGUCACUACUGCCAAAGACACAAAGUAGUGCGUGUGAGAACAUGGCUACGAGUGAGCUGAAGCUAAGUGACUCCAAAAAAAAAUUAAGAAUUUUCAUGCAUGCUAAUCUAAAAUCAUCCGAUCUGCUUUUAAGAAACCUAUGUUUUGAACAACUGAACAAUGAUACCAUGUAAGGGCAGUGGGAGUGAAAAAAGUAGUAAUUAAUGUUACAGUACUGUGUCAAUUUCUACUUUUCUUUAUCUUGUUUUUCUUUUUGAGUGGGUUAUUUGGGGUGGGGUCUCAUCAUGCUUGAAACAAAAAAAAAAAAACAACCUUUGAAAAACGUAUCAAGGCUCUUUUUUUUUAAACAGAAGAGAAUCUUAUCUUGCCUUUUCAUUUAAUUUUAUUUCCUCCAUUACUUUGGACUUUCACACAGCCUUAGUCUCUUUCUUUAUCUCAUUUUCUUGUUCUUUGGUUUUGCUUUGUGUUGUUGUAAAUGACAAAUUAAAACAAAAAAACAAAAAAACAUAAUGUCUUUCAAGGUGCCAAAACUGAAUGAUUCUGAACUUGGAUGCAUCAAGUCCUGAUGACAAAUAAAAAUUGAACCCCCCGUAGGGAACUGAA